UUGAGAAAUUGAAGCUCAAAAACUCUUCCUUUUUCUGACGAACCAAUUCUGGAACAACUUUAGAUACAUCAAUUUUCUUGUUGCAUUGUUGCUGCAGGCAGGUAGUUAAGAGGAAAAUAGGCUCGACACUCGAGUAUAGUUGAUAAGUUUCUGAAAGGAGCUUGGAUUUGAAAGUCCGCAUUAAUGGCUACGUGCACAUCCCCUUAUUUCACGCCACCAGAUACUCGUAGGCCAAUCGGGGUAUUAACCGUUGGUGGGGCCAGAGUUUCCCCUUUGAAAAUGGUCGACGAAAGGAAUGGGUUUUCAAGUGUUAGUCAUAAAUGCAGUUCGACUUCACCCCAGUUCAAAUGUUCAGCAAACUCGCACGGUGCCAAUAAAUUUCAAGGCAACGACCCGUUUCUGAAUCUACAUCCGGAGAUAUCUCUGCUUAGAGGCGAGUUGAACUCUACAAUGACCGAAACAAGACAGGAUAAUUCGAGUGGAAAUGUUACUGAGAUAUCGAGAGAUUCGGCAAGUUCGAAUAACUAUAGUGAUGCCAAGAUUAAGGUUAUUGGUGUUGGAGGCGGUGGCUCGAAUGCAGUUAACCGUAUGAUAGAAAGUGCGAUGAACGGGGUUGAGUUCUGGAUUGUUAACACUGAUAUCCAGGCAAUGAGGCUGUCGCCCAUUUUUCCCGAUCACCGUUUGCAGAUUGGUCAAGAGUUGACUAGAGGACUUGGUGCCGGUGGGAACCCAGAAAUCGGAAUGAAUGCCGCUAGAGAAAGCAGAGAAUCUAUUGAGAGUGCAGUUUAUGGAGCAGACAUGGUUUUCGUCACUGCUGGAAUGGGCGGUGGAACAGGAACUGGUGGAGCUCCUGUUAUUGCUGGAGUUGCAAAGUCGAUGGGUAUUUUGACUGUUGGUAUAGUCACCACUCCUUUUUCUUUCGAGGGGCGAAGAAGAGCGGUUCAGGCCCAAGAAGGAAUUGCAGCUUUAAGGGAAAAUGUUGACACAUUAAUUGUCAUCCCAAACGAUAAACUUCUGAAUGCAGUUUCCGCAGCUACACCGGUUACAGAAGCAUUUAAUCUUGCUGAUGAUAUUCUACGGCAAGGUGUCCGUGGUAUUUCUGAUAUAAUCACGAUCCCAGGACUCGUAAACGUUGAUUUUGCUGAUGUACGAGCCAUUAUGGCUAAUGCAGGUUCUUCAUUAAUGGGAAUAGGAACCGCAACAGGGAAAACGAGGGCGAGAGAUGCUGCGUUAAAUGCCAUUCAAUCUCCUUUGCUGGAUCUUGGUAUAGAAAGAGCUACUGGAAUUGUGUGGAAUAUAACUGGUGGCACUGAUCUUACCUUGUUUGAGGUAAAUGCUGCAGCAGAGGUGAUAUACGAUCUUGUGGAUCCAAGUGCCAACUUAAUAUUUGGUGCUGUGAUAGAUCCAUCCAUAAGUGGCCAAGUAAGCAUAACAUUAAUCGCCACCGGAUUUAAACGUCAAGAGGAAAGUGAUGGAAGGCAGUACCAGGCAAGUCAGGUGGGGCAAACAGAUACGAACAUUGGCAUUAAUAGGCGAUCUUCAUCCUUUCUAGAAGGUGGUUCUGUAGAGAUUCCCGAGUUCUUGAAGAAGAAAGGACGAUCUCGUUUUCCAAGGGCUUAAGGGUCCUUUUACUUCAAGUAAUCUUCGACUUGGUCUCUCUUUUUCUGUACAUGAUUUUUGGCCUUUUCUUUUUUCCUCCAUCCGUGUGAAUCUUAGCUUUGAGAAAAAGAUACAACGAUAGUCGAUACAUUUAUUUGUUAAAACAUAAUAAAUUUUUAGCAUUGAAAAGAAACUCUUGUCGAAAUAUUAUUAUACCUCUUUCGAUUGAUCGCAGUUGUAUAUUUAUGUAUGUCUAGUCUAGAGACGAACAUAUAUAAACUUCAAAUUAUAUAUCAAAAGAAAUUGUCGAGUUUUUUUAUGAUGCA